AAGUGUGACUCAUGUUUAUUUAUUCAAUUGAAUUUUUACCUCUAAAAGCAAGUGAAAUCAUGACAUUUGUCGACAUAUGUUGGAGGUACUGUAUUAUGUGGUCCUGCAGGUUCAACUGCAGUAUCUGUGUGAAUGACAAAUCAGAGCUUCACAAAAGGCUAACAAAAACUUAUGUAUAUUGGAAUAAAAUUGUACAGAAUCGAGGUUUUGAUAUUUUUUUUAAUAACACGCAGGGUUGUUGAAGUGGCAGUUUGGGUAAGUCAGUCAUUUACAGGUAUUGGUUAUUUUGAUAACUUUGUAAUUGUACCGGUAUCAGAUUGAAAUCCACAUCAUACACGGCUCAGUAGCCCUGCACUUCUCUCUGCUCUCUACAGCUUUGUUUUGGACACAAACUUUCAACCAAUAGGAACACAGUAUUCUGUUAACGCAGACUGCAACAACAUGGAAUCAGAGACUCGACUGAAAAACUUUGAUUAACUUAAACCUGUUUAAUUAAUAAAAAAUAAAUACAAAUAAAAACAACUGAACGCACAGUAAAUUAGACAUAAAUAUCAUUCUCUAUACACGUCUUUUUGGAAGAAAUGAAAAUGCUCGGUAUGUACGUGCCAGACAGAUUUUCGUUGAAGUCCUCUCAGGUCCAAGAUGGAAUCGGUCUUUACACCGACAGACGGGUGAAAAAGGGGGAGAAAUUUGGUCCAUUUGCAGGGGAAAAGCGAAUGUCCCAGGAGUUAGAUGACAACAUGGAUCCUAGGUUAAUGUGGGAGGUUCGUGGGAGUAAAGGAGAAGUGCUUUACAUUCUAGAUGCUAGUAAUCCACGGCAUGCAAACUGGCUGCGCUUCGUGCAUCAGGCGCCAUCACAAGAGCAAAAAAACCUGGCUGCUAUUCAGGAUGGAGAAAAUAUAUUCUACCUGGCUGUAGAGGAUAUUGAAACAGACACUGAGCUUUUGGUUGGUUACUUGGACAGUGACAUGGAGGAAGUAGAAGAGGAGGAGGAAGAGGAAAUCCUCAUCAAAGUAGAAGAAGAUAGCAUAGAAGCCCAACAGCCUGGUGAGAGAGGAAAGGAUGACCACCCCUGUCCACACUGUGAGAAUAGCUUCCCUAGCCAAGUGAUACUUGCUGCACACUUACAGACGCUUCACCAAAAACCAAGUGAAGAGAAAGAAUUGAAGUGUAGGAAUUGUGGGAAGAAAUUUCCUGUCAAACAGGCUUUCCAAAGACAUAUUCUGCAGUGCACAGAAAAUGCUAGCCCAGGAGAUGCUUCAAGAGUUUUCCAGUGUUCCUUCUGCAGCAUCCCCUUCAGCUCUGAGUCAAGUUUCAAACAGCACAAGGAAGCCUGCAAAUGUGAUGCCAGGUUUAUUUGUAAAUCUGUUGGCUGUGGAAAGAGGUUCAAGAGCAAGGAUUCUCUGAAGAAACACAAAGAGAACAUCCAUACAGGAAACCCUCGCAAGAAGCUGAUCUGCUCCGUUUGCAACAAGAAGUGUUCUUCAGCUGUGAACCUGCAAGAGCAUCGAAAGGUCCAUGAAGUCUUUGACUGUCCGGAGUGUGACAAAAAAUUUAUUUCACCUAACCAGCUUAAAAGACAUAUGAUUACCCAUUCAGAGAAACGCCCCUACACCUGUGAGGUCUGCAGCAGGUCUUUCAAACGCCUCGACCAGGUAACAGCUCACAGAAUCAUACACAGUGAAGAUAAACCCUACAAGUGCAAGCUGUGUGGAAAGGAGUUUGCACAUCGAAAUGUGUACAAGAACCACAAGAAGACUCACUCUGAAGAGAGACCAUUCCAGUGCGAGGAAUGUAAAGCUUUGUUCAGGACUCCGUUCUCCCUGCAAAGACACCUGUUGAUACACAACAGUGAAAGGACAUUCAAGUGUGAUCAUUGUGAUGCAACAUUCAAAAGGAAGGACACUUUAAAUGUUCAUAUUCAGGUGGUGCAUGAUGGGCACAAGAAAUACAAAUGUGAUCUGUGUGAGAAGGCCUUUGUGACACCCUCCGUGCUAAAGAGUCAUAAGAAAACCCACACUGGAGAAAAGGAAAAAAUAUGCCCAUACUGUGGUCAGAAGUUUGCAAGUAAUGGGACCCUGAGAGUUCACAUCAGGAGCCAUACAGGUGAGCGCCCCUACCAGUGUUCCUACUGUGACAAGGCUUUCAGCAAGAAUGACGGAUUAAAGAUGCACAUUCGGACACACACAAGGGAAAAGCCAUACCAGUGCUCCGAAUGUAACAAGGCCUUCAGCCAGAAGCGAGGUCUGGAUGAGCACAUGCGGACACAUACAGGGGAGAAACCCUUCCAAUGCGAUGUUUGUGAUCUGUCGUUCAGCUUGAAGAAAAUGCUGAUUCGACACAAGCUGACUCAUAAUCCAAACCGACCCAUGGCAGAAUGCCAGCUGUGCCACAAGAAAUUUACAAGAAAUGACUACCUCAAAGUACAUAUGGAGAAUGUGCACGGAGAAAGAGACAGCUAAAACUAAAUGCAUAUAUACACACCUUUCAACUGGACCAGGCAAUCCCCAAAACUACUUUUGUCCACGCUAGACAAAAGUAACCCGGAUACUUAGAACUUUGAAUUUUUUAAACCAAAGAUCAAAUAACAGAUCUCCCCUGGGCACGUCUUGAAGAGUCGUAGAACAGCCUCCGACCCUGCCUUCUCUCCAUCAUAUAGUUGUAUUACAGUGAUUCAGAAUUGCUGUCCAGUAAUUGAAUUACAGUGCACUACUGCACCAUAAGUUUGACAUUGUAAGUAUAUGUUCUUUUUUAGGUGAUUUUUUUUAUUUUUUAUGUUAAAUAUUCAAAAAUUAUACAAAGGUAUACAUUGUUUAAUACCAGACUUCUGACAUUGAGAUUGUCAGCUGAACCACUCCUUUUCAAAUUUAUUGGUCUUGGUUAAUCCAUGUCUUGAUUGUCAUUUAGCACCAAUCAUGAUGUAUGUUUUUGUAGCAUAAAAGGUUUAAUUACUGCAGUUUGGUACACUUGGGAAUACUCAGCAUCUCUAUUUGGAAUUUAUUUUCUUAUUUUAUUUCUAGAAAUACUACAUUUACUCAUUGAUCUUUUCCACUGGUUACAAUUCAUUAAAUACAAGCUAGUUUACAACUGCCUUGCUGUCAUUGCCUCAGAACUGCUGGUUUCAGUGAUAUAAUUCGAUGCUACCACGUUCUAACUCAAUUUAUCUUCUGUCGUAACCAAUAAAUAAAACCAGUACUAUUGUUGUGCAAAUCUUUGUAACAUGGCAAGCAUGACAUGAGCAUUGUAUUACAGUGUUAUAUUUAAAACAUUCAAGCCAUAGAAUACACCAUUUCUUUUUUUUUUUUAUUUAUUUAAAUGUUAUACAUUUCAGCACUUCUAUAAAGGUUAGUGAAAAACCCUGCUUGACUUCUUGAAAACGUGCUUGCUCAUAUAAAUAGCAUCAGAGUUUGUCAGCUGGGGCUUAGCAAUUCAAAUGUUAAGUGCCACCAGCAUUUAUAAACGUCAUUUUAAUAGCUGAAAGUUGUGUAUUUUUUUCAAAAUUAAAUGUAACAUUUUAAAUAUUGUGCCCUUUGUCAAAGUAGGAUUAUUCUACUGAUAGACAAACCUGUUAAUACAUGGAAGAAACACUAAAACAAAAUGUAUUAAUAUACUUUUUAUAUCCAGUAAAUCCAGGUUAUAUUAACACUUUCAUAAGCAAAUGUAAUUGUCUUUUUACUUUCGGCACUGAUGAGCUCAAUCACAUUGUGGAGAAGCACGAACAUUGCUAAAAUAUGAACCAGGAACCAUAAAAUCUCUUCCAUUUUUGACAAAGAUAAAAAUACAGAUCUAUGUUUUGUUUCAUCCAUAUCUUAAGAAAAACAGCCAGUCUAUACAUUUCACAAACAGUGGAAACUGGAUUUAAGCAAAUGUCUGUAUUUUUGCUGGAAGAACUUACAUUUGUGAUGUAGAAUGUGUUCAGAUUACUUCAUACAGACACUAGGUUAUAUUCUCCAGAAGAAAAUGAACACUUAAACUAGCAAGGAUAAUGCGAGUGAAUAUAACCAAAACACAAGAACCACCUUCAACUCUUUUAAUGAAUUUGGCUCUGCGGGCACUGGAGAUCCAACUGAGAAAAGUGUGCACACCUGUUUGUAUUGAGGUUUGUAAGAUUAUCACUGUUUUGUCCAGACUCCAACAGCCUUUUUCUUAAAUUGUACUGUUCAAGUCCAGACAGUAGUGUGUCCAAGGUGGUGCAAUGCUAUUUUCCAGGCCACAUCUUGUAGUGUUCUCAAGCAGAUCUUCCUGUCUCUGCAAUGUGUUUUUUGACCUUUGGAGCACCUUCUUUCUGUUGUUAUGCUCCUAUUUUUUGGAAUGUACUCCCAAGUGGAAUUGGAUGCAUUUUUUUAUUUUAAUAUCUAGAUAAUUCAUAAGACGUGAUUUAAACUGUGUGACUUUGUUAGUGAGGCUCUAUAAAAAUGGUUGUUAUUGUUUUAUGGAGCGCUACCUAGUAUUGCCCAGUCUCAGAUCUGUGUCAAAUGUAUAAUAUAAUAUCUAAAGAGGUAAAUAUCUUAUGGUAAACUAUAGCAUAAGAAAUCUGUUAACACUAGACUCCAAGCAAGAAAAGCAAGCUGUACCACAGUCACGUUUGCAGUAGUUUUUUUUUCAAGGUUGCUAUGCCGAUUUCUCACUAUAGAUUUGUGUUUUCCUUCCUUUUUAUUACAGCUAGGAGGUUGAAGCUACUGAAAUAUGCAUGUUUUUUGUGUUUAUUUUAAAUAACAAGUUAGCAAAACAUAAGUUCAAUUUGGAAUGCAUCACCUUAAAUGUUUGGAUGAAAAGAAUGAGGGUUUUUAGUUAUGUGAUAUAUCUUAAAUGAUCAUGGGGCAAAACUAGUUAGGGGAUAUAACAAGAACAGGCUGUAACAGGAAGAAAACUGUUCUACAGUUUACAGAAUAAUACUAGUUUCUCUCAAUUUCUGUCAGCUGUGAAUGUAGGAGGCAAGUCUUAAUGUAUGAAUGUAAUUUGCACAUCUUGUUUCUUUGAAUUUCAUAAACAUUACAUUAACUCUACACUGCCACUUACAAUGCAAUGUGAAUUAUAAUAUGGUGAUAAUAUUAUUUUGUUGUUAAUUUAACUCUUUUCCACUUAUCCGCAGCUUUCUAUGCAUUUGUGUGUACACUAAUUAUAAUUUCUGACAGCCUAUGAAUCAGACCACAAUUACAACUUGACUACAGAGCAGCCCAAAUAGCUGUGUGUGUGUGUGUGUGUGUGUGUGUGUGUGUAACAAAUCCUUAAACCUAGCAAGGGAGCUAAGAGUAGAGGACUAGGAUAUUUAGCAUAUUAUUCAAUAUCUUAGUUGAGUUAGCAAACUAUUAUUUCAGGUAGCAACACAAUGUGUCUGACAGCAUGAAUGUAAAACACACUAAAACUACAUAGAUAAUACUGUUAUCCUCUGAGUACAAUUGGAUGUACUUCGUUCCUUAUGAUUACGUUUUGUUGUUUUUGUUU